AUGAAAGAAAGCAGCCAAGUAGCAGACCACUACAACAACAUAAAGAGCAUAGGAGUGAAAAGCAGAAGCUCCUCAGAAAUCAUUGCAAUUCGCGAGGUUAACAACUUUCUGAAGCUGAAGCUCAUACAGAAAUUUCUCAAGGAAAACGCAGUUGUGCUGGACUUAGGCUGUGGGAAGGGGGGCGAUCUGAGCAAGCUGAAGCACCGCUCGGUCAAGCACUACUAUGGGUGCGACAUAGCAAAGGGCUCUCUGAAAGAGGCUCUGAGCAGAUCCAUGACGCACAGCUUUAAAACAGACUUUCUGGAGGUGGACUUCACAAAAAAAAAGAUCAUCAUAGAGCAGAAGGCGGACCUCGUGAUGGCGCAGUUUAGCUUCCACUACUGCUUUGCGUCGGAGAUUUGCGUGCGCAGGGCUGUGAUGAACGUGUGCAACAACCUCAAGCCAGGCGGAUUUUUCAUCAUGACAGUUCCGUGCAAGUCCGUCAUCACAAGAAGGUCGAAAAGAAACCCAGAAACUGGCUCUUUUGGAAACACCCUGUACAAAAUAAUUCCGAAAGAGCCUUUCAGCAUCAACGGCCUCUUUGGGGAAAGCUAUGACUUCUACUUGGAAGAAGCCCUCACCGGGUGCGAGGAGUAUCUGACCGAUAUAAACUACUUGACAAAGCUUUUUGCACAGAACGGGCUGAAAAAGGUUUUUGACAUAGACUUUCUCUCGUUUCUAAACAAGGAGAUGGUGAGCGACAACCCCACAUAUCUAAGAAUGGUCAAGAGAAUGCUGUGCAAGGAGGAGAUCCAAAUAAUAGAGCUGUACAGAGCAGUUGCGUAUAAAAAGCUGUGA